AGCAGUUCAUGUGUAAGACCCCGGCCAUAGCGGAUAUUGUGAUCCUGGUGGACGGAUCAUGGAGUAUCGGUCGGAUAAACUUCCGUCUGGUUCGCAUGUUCCUGGAGAAUCUGGUUAGCGCCUUCCAUGUGGAGUUUGACAAGACCCGGAUAGGUGAGGAAACAAUCUGUCAGCCAUUUUACUGGUUUCUUUAUCAUCCUCAUUGGUGAUGUUGUUUCCCUAUCAUUGUCAUCAUCAUUAUAAUUAUAAGCAUGUGAAAGCAGCAUUGCUAAAGCGCUCAUGAUUAGAUGGUGAUAGCCAAUUAGCCAUAUGGUGAUGGCCAUAGCCUUUCUAUUCCACCCACUCGAGUCACAGAUACUGUCAUUCUGUGUUGUUGUGUUUCAUCUGGGUAAUAAAUUAUUAGCUGCUCAUCAGUACAAUAACAGCGUGUGAUUGUGUGUUGAGAGAAGCUACCCUGAGUGUUGAUUCCCUUUGCACAGGUCUGGCCCAGUACAGUGGUGACCCCAGGAUUGAGUGGCACCUGAACACUUUCACCACCAAAGAAGCAGUCAUCGACGCUGUGAAGAACCUGCCCUACAAAGGAGGGAACACACUGACGGGUACUGGAAAGGAAUCCUUUCUUCCUCUGUACUCUGUAAUACUACUGAUCUCCACAUAAUACACAUUACCCACACGGCACAAAUUACGCUCAUAAUGUUAUUCUACCACAUUGUAUUAGAUAACCUGAUUGACAAUCCGUUUUCCAUUACAUUUUGACCAUAUCUUAGACAUUUAGCCAGGCAACCCAAUAACCCAACAAAUAUGCUAAUACUGUAUGUGACAGUCCUCAAGAACCCCUGUGUAUGCAGGAGUUAGACAGUAUGCUGAUCUUUUUCUCUCUAGGUCUUGCAUUGACGUACAUCCUUGAGAACAGUUACAAACCCGAGUCCGGAUCCAGGGCCGGUGUUCCCAAAAUUGGUAUCCUGAUCACAGAUGGGAAGUCUCAAGAUGAUGUCCAACCCCCAGCGCGGAGUCUGAGAGAGGCGGGAAUAGAGCUGUUUGCCAUUGGUACGAGACAAAGCCUCAUCUUAGUUUUCUCUAAAUGCUCAUAUACUACUGUAGUUAAACAGAUUGAAUGCAGAUACACUAUUGACGGACGGAGGACAUUUUUUCACCUAUAACAUUUAUACAGUCUGGUUUGAAUGUGAAGCCACCUGUUCUGACACCUGCUCAGUGUGGUGAUAUGUCAUCUAGAGAUGUCUCAUUCUACUCAUCUCUCUCUCUCUCUUUCUCUCUCAAUUAAAUUCAAAGGGCUUUAUUGGCAUGGGAAACAUGUUUACAUCUCUCGCUCUCUCUCUCUCUCUCUCUCUCUCUCUCUUUCUCUCUCUCUCUCUCUCUCUUUCUCCCCUCUCUCUCUGUAAAGGUGUGAAGAACGCCGAUGAGAAAGAGCUGAAGGCCAUCGGGUCGCCUCCAGAGGAGACGCACGUCUACAACGUGGCCGACUUCAGCGUCAUGAGCUCCAUCGUGGAGGGUCUGACCAGGACCGUCUGCGACCGGGUCGAACAGCUCGACAAGGCCAUCAAAGGUGAGACAGAUUCAAGUACAGUAGUAGAUUCAGAAAAGAGAAUUGAGAAUGUUAAAUCCAGACCUGGAUUCAAAUACAUGUGUAUUUGAGUAUCUGUUAUUUAAAAUCAGUUUUCUGUGUAUUUUAGUAUUUUCAAAUACACAGUCCAAAACAAGUACAGUACUUCUAUUUGAGUAUUUGAAUGGUUAUUUGUAAAAUACUUAUUUCACAUACUAUUUUUGAAUACCCGGGUUAAAUGCAUUGGAUUGUAUAGACAUUUAGUCAUAUAGUGUUCCUUUGUACGAACAGACAGUGUUUAAAUAGUGACACUUCAGUCAUUUUGGACAAAUCCACUGGAAAGCAAACAAAUCCAUCCUCUCAUCCUUUCUUUCCUCUGCCACCCUACAUCUUCUAACCCUUUCACUUUCCUCUGCCACCCUACCAUCCUUUCUCUCUUUCUUCUCCCACGCUACAUUCUCUCAGGCGACACAGGCCCAGAAGUCACCAUGGCCGCUCCCAGAGACCUGGUGACCUCGGAGGUUACGGCCAGGAGUUUCCGGGUGUCGUGGACCCACGCCCCGGGAACGGUGGAGAAAUACCGGGUGGUGUUCUACCCUGCCAGCGGGGGCCAGCCUGAGGAGAAGGUGGUGCAGGGCACAGUGGACACGGUGGUGCUCAACUACCUCCUCUCCCUGACUGAGUACCAGGUGGCCGUGUUCGCCAUUUACGCCAGCUCAGCUAGCGAGGCUCUCCGAGGCAGUGCCACCACAUGUAAGUCUAGUUACAAAACUGAAUCUCAUCUAAUUUAGUGGGGGCUAGAAGUUGAUGAAUGGUCUGAAAUCCCCCUUUGGAUAUCUGUGAAUACUAAGUACACAAUUGACCUUGUCUCAAAGUUAAUGGGGAUGGUGAGUAACCUACCGCUGUCAAGACUGACAUACAGAUGGAGGGGGAAGGAAGACAAUUUAUGACAUCCAAACAUCCAGUAAUGCUGUAAGUGCUCUCACUUUUGGAGCACUUAAGUAGCCCCUAUUGCGUUUAGGCUGACCAUUUAUGUAUUUCUAUAGACAUGUAAUUUAAGGGAGGGGCUAUGGCCACUCUUGGUCAAACAGGUUAACAGGAAUGGAGAUUGCUUUGCUGUGUGAAUUGUGAAUUAUGCCUAAUUGUUUACAAUUUGACUUUUGCUUCUCCUCAUAGUAUGUUACGAUACUGGUUAGCAAACCUACACACUUAGAAAAAAGGGUUCCAAAAGGGUUCUUCGGCUGUCCCCAUAGGAUAACCAUUUUUGGCUCCAGGUAGAACGGUUUUGGGUUCCAUGUAGAACCCUCUGUGGAAAGGGUUCUUCAUGGAACCCAAAAGGGUUUUACCUGGAACCAAAAAUGAUGAACCAUUUUAGGUUCUAGAUAGCACCUUUUUUUCUAAGAGUGUAUAUAAACUUUGGCCAAUCAAGGACAGCUAGGACAUGCUAACCAGUCUGUAACCUCUCGGAGUCGAGGUAAGCGAAUAGGGUGUUGUAUGUCUUUGUCCCUAGUGGAGACAGCAUAGCCUACUCACCAGGGUCCAGGGAGAGCUCAGUUGGGAAUCGGUAGUCGGCCAGCCCAAGCAAGUUAUUAGGUUCAAAUGGUGACGAAGAUAAUAGUCUACAAAAGGAAAAACAAAAAGGCAUGCCAACCUAAGGAAAAUGAUUCAGACACAAAUGGGAAAACCCUGCCGGGUCAGGAAGCUACUUCCAAUCAGCUUCUCAGCUAGGUAAUCACUCCCACCUGUGAACAAUCACUCCCUACCGGCACUCCAAGCACCUGGACCUGCUGCUUCUGUGAUAUGAAGAGGGGAAAUGGACUGCUACGGUAACUGUCCUAACCUACUUCCUACCGCUAACCCCUGAUUCUACCAAGCAGCUGCACGUCAGGACCUUGAUUAGAGUAGAAUCAACUGUCUUAGACAGAGCAGGGCUGGAGCAAAAACCUGCAUAUGCAGUAGGUAAGCAUUUCACUGUUAGUCUGCACCUGUUGUUUACAAAGCAUGUGAUGAAUCCAAUUUGAUUUGAUUUGAUUUGAGCUCUCCAUAAGGAGGGUUUUGCUAAACCUGGUCUACUGGUCUAAGUCAUGUCCUAGUCUGAACCCUGUGUGAAUUGUGUGUGACCUCUGUGUGACCCAUAUAAAUAAAAUUACUAGAACGGGAAAAGCCCCUCUGACCUCAGCAAUUUGACUGCACCCUCAUUGGUACGCUCAAUAUGACUGAUAUAGAAUUGUAAUCCUGAAUGUUGACUUGAAUGUUGAUGGCUGUUCUAGUAAUUCUAUGAUGUGACCCCUGUAUAACCCUUGUGUGUUGCAGUGGCCCUGCCCAUGGUGAACAACCUGGAGCUGUUUGACAUCACCCACAAUAGCAUGAGAGCCCGCUGGAGGGUCGCAGAGGGGGCUUCUGGCUACAUGAUCCUCUAUGCCCCGCUGACCGAGGGAGACGCCGCCGACGAGAAGGAGGUGAGAGAAAAAAGAGAGAGAAGGGAGGAUGGAGAGGAUAGAGAAAGGAGGAUGAGAGAAUGAGAGAGAAGAGGAAUGAGAUGGUAAAAUAAAGACAGAGAGAAGGAGAAAAGUCUGUCAGAAAGAAAAGUAAAGAAUAAAUAUAAUCCAAAGCAUAGAUGGAGAGGGAGAGAGAGAGAAGAGGAUUUAAGAAAUGGAGUGGCUAAAUUUAAAUACAGAGGAAAGUAAAGAAGUAGCAAGGGAGGGCAUUUAGACUCAAAGCAAGGAAAUAUUUAAAUACACUCUAACUAGUACAGUGAAAGGGGGCGUGGGGAGAGGGAGAGAGAGAGGGAGAGAGAAAUUGAGGGCAAAGUCCUCCACCCCUCAAAUUCCACCCAUCCUGUUAGUGCUCAUUAAAAAAUAACACUCCCUCCAGGCACAAUAAUCAGUUCAGGUUCACAGUUUCGCUUGCUCAGCCUGUUGGGGCACAACAUAAGACCGUAUAGGGCUUUUCUCGCUUUCUUUUUCUCAAAGUGAUGCUUUAGGUUUUUGCGCUUGUAUCUUUUUUCACUUAAAGUUACAUUGGCUGUUGUCGAUUGAUCCAGACAGGUUUUAAGUGCAUAUCUGUUUUUUUUUGUUAAAAUCUGCAGCGUCUAGCUAGAAUAGCCUAAAACUAAUGGAAUCCUGAGGCAGUAUGGUUCAUUCUGGAAAAGGCAAGAAAAGUCACUUUAUUCACACCCUCAUGUAUCACGUCUGGCUGGCUGCCUUGCCCUUGUUUGUUUGAUGGUUGAUAUUCUGUCUAUCAACCCCCUGUAUGUAUCUUGCUCCUUUGCCAACGUCUCUGCGUACCUGUCUGUCACCUUGUCUAAGGUCGUCUAAGGUCUCUGAUGAAUGUUUGUGCAGGUGAAAGUGGCUGAGACGGUGAAUGAAGUGGAACUGGAGAACCUGACUCCAGACACAGAGUACACAGUGACCGUGUACGCCAUGUACGGAGAGGAGGCCAGUGACCCUAUGACCAGUCAGGAGACCACGCGUGAGUAACCGCCUCAUACACUCGUACGCAUGCACGUGUACACACAGAUUCACACACAUUAUGAAUAAGCAGACACACCGACAUACGCACACACAGAAAAUAAUUUCAGCAACACUGCGCUACCAGUAAGAAAACAGUUGUGGCGCUUGUAAAAACAUGAGUAGAUAAAGCUGUCAUAAUAAUUGUAAAUCGCUAUCAGAAGAUGGGAUGCAUAUUUACUGGCUGAGCAUGAGAUAUUUACUGUAGGUAUUUAGAUGUUUGGUUAGCCAUCAGGCCUAGUGAAUUUGCAUACUUCUGUCUGCAUCUGUCAAGCCCUGGCAAGCUUUAGAACCAGACCUAAUGAACAGGCUGCCAAAACAAUGGUGUUUGUGCUAAUGCUGCAUUUCAGAGCUAUUUGGGGGCAUCAAUUUAGUGUUGACAUUGACGAACUGUCAGUCACCACCUUGCUAACCGCCACAUUCAUGUGUUAUUAUCCUUCUUUGAACAUUUAUAAGGGCGGUGUCACGACAUGUGUUGUAGAUAUACAGAGCCUUGAAAACAAUUCAGAAAGUAGUUAGUCUGUUUUAAGGGAAAGGAUAGUGCCUUAAAGGAAUAGUUACAUUUACAUUUUAGUUCACUCCAAAAUAAAACUUUGUUGGAUGUGGUGUAGAUCCAGCCUAUAUGUCUCAACCCCAAAAUAAUGGGAAAGAUAAACACUGUCUAAAACGCUGGUAGUAUGUCCAAUUCAUUUGGAAUUUAGAUAUGUAACAUGAUCUAAAUAACAGAUUGUGUGUUCUCAACUCAUCUCAACAUUAGACCACCUAGGACAUCUGAAAACAUUAGACAAGCUGAUUUUGGAGUGAUCUGUCACAUUUAAGAAUGACAGCAUUGCAGUAUGGUAGGAAUAGAUCCUUGACAAACUUUAAAACCCUCCUUUCCAACUGAACCCAGUCCACCUUCACUGCAUCCUUUUCAUGCUCCCUGCGUCUAAAGUUAAACGCUGACCCUCAUUUAAAUUGAGGUGAAUGAACCGCAGCAAGAAAAAACUGGAGUAAUUGUAAGCAGGACUUCUAGCCCUACCUAAAGCUCCUUGUUAAAUUCUAACUCUGCCAGAGAAUGUGCUUUGUCCUCAAAAGGCCAUUCUUCUGCCCUUUUGUUCCUCAGAGAGGAACUCUCAAACAAAAAGAGUCACUUACUUCAUGCACCAGCGGGAGGGUGACUCAGGCUAUUGUGUUUAAUUAUAACUAUAUUAGGGUUGACCCGUGUUCCUGUUCUCUGCCCCCCUCUUCUCCCAGUACCCCUGACCCCGGCGCGGAACCUGCACUUCUCCGACGUCGACCACAGCUCGGCCAGACUCACCUGGGAGGCGACGUCCAAGAAGGCCAAUGGCUACCGCAUCAUGUACGUCAAGACAGAUGGAGUGCAGACCAAUGAGGUGAGAGCUCACGGCACUUGGCCAAUAACGUAGCUGGGCUUUAAAUCCAUGAAUAGAUUGUGUAAAUGUUAAUGUUGCAGACUUUCCCCCUAAAUAAAUAACUUUACAAAGAGAGUUCUGUGUUUCUGCACGAAUAGCAUCUUGCUAACAUAUAAACCUUAUAGAAUAUAUAAUGUGUUAUAUAUAAUCUGGUGCUGACUGAUGUAUAGAAAAGUAGGCAUCACUGGAAGGAUACCACCUUUAUGAGAUGCGAUAAAUAAAAUAAAAUAUAUAUACUGUAUAUAUGUGUUAUUGUCACAUAGAGGGACUCACACUGACCGUUAACCCUGACCUCUCUUCCGUGGCCAUAGAUGGACGUUGGCCGCAUCACCACCCUGUUGCUGAGGAACCUGACAUCAUUGACGGAGUACACGGUGGCCAUCUUUGCUAUCUAUGACGAGGGCCAGGCAGAGCCCCUAACUGACAGCUUCACCACUAGUAAGACUGUCUCUACCCGUAUAAGCAAUGCUAUUGGCAGCUCUUGGCUUUCAACAACAGCCUUUAUUAUACAAAAAAGGCCAUAAAUGCUGUGGCUUGUAGAAAGUGCCAUAUAAAUAUAAUUAAUAGAACGGACAUUCCCAGUCAAUUCAAUGUUCCGUGAUGGGUGGGCAUUCUAUUUCAAUGGAAAGUACUACCAAAUUAUCUAGCUGCAUUUGAAGAUGAAACGCUGAGUCAUGAACAGUUUCUUACAUGUGAUAAAGUGUAUCUAAAAGUGAGUGCUGACUGUGAAUGACCACUCAUAUGGGGGAUGGCAAAGUGAUGUGGAACUCUCCUUCCAUUAUUUUGAGGCUUCUUUACCCUUUGUGUCUAAUCCAGAGACAGUCCCAGAGCCUCUAAACCUGAGGAGCAGUGAAGUCUCCACAGAGAGCUUCAGGGUCACCUGGGAACACUCAGCCCAAGACGUGGUCCUCUACAGACUCACCUGGAACCCAACCAGAGGAGGAGACACUAAAGAGGUCUGUGUCUGAUGUCUGUUGGUUAGUUGAAUGGAGUGGCGCAGUGGUCUAAGGCACUGCAUUGCAGUGCUAGCUGUGCCACUAGAGAUCCUGGUUCGAAUCCAGGCUCUGUCGUAGCCGGCCGCGACCGGGAGACCCAUGGGGCGGCGCACAAUUGGCCCAGCGUCGUCCAGGGUAGGGGAGGGAAUGGCCGGCAGGGAUGUAGCUCAGUUGGUAGAGCAUGGCAUUUGUAAUGCCAGGGUUGUGGGUUCGAUUCCAGUAUAAAAAAAGUAAAAUGUAUGCACUCACUAACUGUAAGUCGCUCUGGAUAAGAGCGUCUGCUAAAUGACUAAAAUGUAAAUGUAAAAUGAUAGUUCUCUGUCUGUCUGUGUUUCUGUCUGUCUGUCAGUGCAGUUAGUGUCUCACAUCAGCUAAAGAAUCUCUGACUGCAAAUGAAUUGCCUCGGCUAGCGGAUUUUCUGCUACGUGAUUUCUCUCAGGUUAUGUAUGCUGUAUUGGAAGGUGUCUGGCUCACCUCCCACACUGCUUGGCAUACUUUCUAUCACAUCCCUGAGCACUUAAAGAUUGACAUUUGCAGGCACUCAUUGAAUAUUGACACAAAGCCAGUCAUGCUAGAUACAGAUAUGGAUUGGUUACUUACCUUCUAUGUGUUUUAACCUUUUACUGCAGUGGGCUAAAUCGGGGUCACACAGAGUGAUUCUUGGUAGUCUUAAACAAAUCUACUUUGAAACAAAAGUAUACACCUCACACACACGUUUAUGGGCUUAAAAUAAAAAGACAGCUGCACCAUGUCAGAUAUAGAGUUGACAUUUAUUAAAUUUUGAGUUUGCAUCCCAAUAUUACACUUUAUAUACAUCACAGAAGACUGAAAUAUAACAAAACUGUUUGACAUAGAAACAGUGAAUUUACGUCGUAAAAAAUUAUGAAAUUAUGAAUAUGAUUAAUAACAUUCCACCCAUGAGGCCACAGAGGGCACUUUUGGUCAUUGACUGCAGGAAUGGGUUACAGUGCUAUUUUGAAGCCCUUUUGGUGACUGUAGAAUUCCAGUCCAUAAGUGCAUUCGGUAGCAGCAGAAAUAUCUGACAUUGACUCAACUUCUCACUACAUCCCCCCUCCUUCCAUCUCCCUCCCCUCCCCCCUCCCUCCCUCCCUCCCUCCCUCCCUCCAUCCAUCCCUCCAUCCAUCCAUCCCUCCCUCCCUCCCUCCCUCCCUCCCUCCCUCCCUCCCUCCCCCCCUCCCUCCCUCUCUCCCUCCAUGGUGAAGAUGCUAGUGAAUGGUAACAUGAACAGCCACCUGCUGACUGGACUGAGGCCCAUCACUGAGUACGAAGUCUCUCUGAUUGCUGUCUUUAGAAACGAGGAGGAAAGCGACGCCGUGACCCUUACAGAGUCAACAGGUAAUUAAGGGAAACUUCACUCCAAUCAGGGUUAAUUAAACAUUGGGGAUUGUAUUGAUUAUUGUAUUGAUUUAAUGUUGCCACUGUGCUACUGCUUGCUCUUUGGGGGCUUUGAGCCGGGUUACGAUGAAUCACCUUGUGACUUUCAAUGCAUUUGUUAAAAUCGUGCAUGUCCAGUACACAGCUUUUUUACCCAUGUGUUGUAUGUUUGCGACAGUGCAUUGUUCAUUGAGACUGGUCUUGAGAAACACCUUUGUGCUGAAAUAUUGACAUUAAAGUCUAAACUACACUACAUUACCAAAUGUAUGUGGACACCUGCUCAUUGAACAUCUCAUUUCAAAAUCAUGGGCAUUAAUAUGGAGUUGGUCCCCCCUUUGCUGCUAUUAAAGCCUCCACUCUUCUGGGAAGGCUUUCCACUAGAUGUUGGAACAUUACUGCAGGGACUUGCUUCCAUUCAGUCACAAGAGCAUUAGUGAGGUCGGGCACUAAUGUUGGGUGACUAGGCCUGGCUCGCAGUCAGCGUUCCAAUUCAUCCCAAAGGUGUCCGAUGGGGUUGAGGUCAGGGCUCUGUCCAGGCCAGUCAAGUUCGGGGGGCAUUGUCAUGCAGAAACAGGAAACUGCCUUCCCCAAACUGUUGCCACAAAGUUGGAAGCACAGAAUCGUCUAGAAUGUCAUUAUAUGCUGUAGCGUUAAUAUUUCCCUUCACCGGAACUAAGGGGCCUAGCCCGAACCAUGAAAAACAGCCCCAGACCAUUAUUCCUCCUCCACCAAACUUUACAGUUGGCACUAUGCAUUGGGGCAGGUAGCGUUCUCCUGUUAUCCGCCAAACACAGAUUCGUCCGUCGGACUGCCAGAUGGUGAAGCGUGAUUCAUCACUCCAGAGAAUGCGUUUCCACUGCUCCAGAGUCCAAUGGCGGCGAGCUUUACACCACUCCAGCUAACACUUGGCAUUGCACAUGGUGAUCUUAUGCUUAUGUGCAGCUGAUCGGCCAUGGAAACCCAUUUCAUGAUGCUCCCGACGAACAGUUCUUGUGCUGACCUUGCUUCCAGAGGCAGUUUGGAACUCGGUAGUGAGUGGUGCAACCGAGGACAGACGAUCUUUACGCACUACACACUUCAGCACUCUGCUGUCAAAUUCUGUGAGCUUGUGUGACCUACCACUUCGCGGCUGAGCCGUUGUUGCUUCUAGAUGUUUCCACUUCACAAUAACAGCACUUACAGUUGACUGGGGCAGCUCUAGCAGUGCAGAAAUUUGACGAACUGACUUGUUGGAAAGGUGGCAUCCUAUGACGGUGCCAUUUUGAAAGUCACUGAGCUCUUCAGUAUGGCCAUUCUACUGCCAAUGUUUGUCUGUGGAGAUUGUAUGGCUGUGUGCUCAAUUUUAUACACCUGUCAGCAACGGGUGUGGCUGAAAUAGCAAAAUCCACUAAUUUGAAGGGGUGUCCACAUACAUUUGUAUACAGUAUCAGUCAAAAGUUUGGACACACCUACUCAUUCAAGGGUUUUUCUUUACUUUUUACUAUUUUCUACAUUGUAGAAUAAUAGUGAAGGCAUCAAAACUAUGAAAUAACACAUAUGGAAUCAUGUAGUAACCAAAAAAGUGUUAAACAAAUCAAAAUAUAUUUUAUAUUUGAGAUUCUUCAAAUAGCCACCCUUUGCCUUGAUGACAGCUUUGCACACUCUUGGCAUUCUCUCAACCAGCUUCACCUGGAAUGCUUUUCCAACAGUCUUGAAGGAGUUCCCACAUAUGCUUAGCACUUGUUGGCUGCUUUUCCUUCACUCUGCCAUCCGACUAAUCCCAAACCAUCUCAAUUGGGUUGACGUUGGGUGAUUGUGGAGGCCAGGUCAUCUGAUGCAGCACUCCAUCACUCUCCUUCUUGGUAAAAUAGCCCUUACACAGCCUGGAGGUGUGUUGGGUCAUUGUCCUGUUGAAAAACAAAUGAUAGUCCCACUAAGCCCAAACCAGAUGGGAUGGCGUAUCGCUGCAGAAUGCUUUGGUAGCCAUGCUAGAUAAGUGUGCCUUGAAUUCUAAAUAAAUCACUGACAGUGUCACCAGCAAAGCACCCCCACACCAUAACACCUCCUCCUCCAUGCUUUACGGUGGGAACCACACAUGCGGAGAUCAUCCGUUCACCCACACCAAUUCUCACAAAGACACAGCGGUUGGAACCAAAAAUCUCAAAUUUGGACUCCAGACCAAAGGACAAAUUUCCACCUGUCUAAUGUCCAUUGCUCAUGUUUCUUGGCCCAAGCAGGUCUCUUCUUCUUAUUGGUGUCCUUUACUAGUGGUUUCUUUGCAGCAAUUCGACCAUGAAGGCCUGAUUCACACAGUCCCCUCUGAACAGUUGAUGUUGAGAUGUGUCUGUGACUUAAACUUUGAAAUGUUCAGUAUUGACUGACCUUCAUGUCUUAAAGUAAUGAUGGACUGUCGUUUUUCUUUGCUUAUUUGAGCUGUUCUUGCCAUAAUAUGGACUUGGUCUUUUACCAAAUAGGGGUAUCUUCUGUAUACCCCACCUACCUUGUCACAACACAACUGAUUGACUCAAACGCAUUAAGAAGGAAAGACAUUUCACAAAUUAACUUUUAAGAAGGCACACCUGUUAAUUGAAAUGCAUUCCAGGUGACUACCUCAUGAAGCUGGUUGAGAGAAUGCCAAGAGUGUGCAAAGCUGUCAUCAAGGCAAAGGGUGGCUAUUUGAAGAAUCUCAAAUAUUAAAUAUUUUUUUAUUUUUUUAACACUUUGUUGGUUACUACAUGAUUCCAUGUAUUUGAUGACUAUGAUGUGUUAUUUCAUAGUUUUGAUGUCUUCUCUAUUAUUCUACAAUGUAAAAAAUAGUAAAAAUAAAGAAAAACCCUUGAAUGAGUAGGUGUGUCCAAACUUUUGACUAGUACUGUAUGUAGUGUAUAUCCCCUCUUAUUCUUCUUCUGAAAUCCUCACUAUACAAAUCAAAUUGAAUUCAUAAAUGUAUUGAUUUAUUGAUUGACCUGACCAAUUUAUCUGUUUUUCAGUGGCAAGAACAACGACUACCACAAAAGCUACUACAACCACGACUACCACACGAGCUACCACAACAGCAGGUAAACUAGAUUUUUUCGGUCAUGCACUGUAUAGAUUUUUAUAAAGUUAAUUUUGUGAGAGCUUUUAAUAGUAAUUUCCCCAACGUGUCCUGUUGAAUAUAUUUAUAUAGUGCUUUUCACUUGGUUUGAAAUUGCAACUCACCAUUAUCAAUGAUAUGAAGAGUUUAUUUCCAAAACGCUAUAUCCCCCCCAAAAAAUCACAUUUGUGUUUUUUCAUCAGAAAUGAUUACUUAUGGGUACCUUCAUGUGUAGGUAAAAUAUUAAUUUUCUCCGGUUUUUUAUUCAUAGGUUUAAAAAAUGUGUUUUUUUGCAAGACGCUAUAUAUCCAUUGUUUAGCUGGAAUGGAAGGUUCGUAUACUGUAAAUUUGACUGUGAUAUGUGGUUUUCUCAUCUAGCAAUCUUAAGAUGAAGUAAGUCGCUCUGGAUAAGAUAAUCUGCUAAAUGACUAAAAUGUCAAAUGUCAAUGUUUUACAUACAGAUCUCCUAUUACUGUAUAUAAUUAUUUUUGUAAUUUUGUUUUGCUAUUGGUGUCACAAAUGUAGCAUUUGUACAUUUCUUUAUGAAACGAAGUUAUUUGGUACAUUUGACUAUGUAAAACCUAGCAGUACUACUUAUUUCUCUGAGAGUGAGGCAGAUAUAUAGUAUUUUGAAAAAAAACAUAAUUAUUUGUCUCUGAAAUUAAUCCAUUAAGUGACAGAUUUUAAAUACGUCUGUCAUUGAACAACCCCAUGCCAUGAUUAGAUAGUGAAAAAAUACACCAAUCUCUUUCAGAAUUUCUUUAAACAAUAAAAGCUAAUUUACCAACAUAUCUGAAAAUGGAUAUGUAGAGUUUUGGAGUGAAAUUCUUCAUACUGUAUGUAGCUAUGAUCUCAUCAGGAUCCCUGUGUUUGUGUGCCCGCUCUUUCUGCACUGUUGCAUCAUUAAUCUAUUAAUAUUGUGUUUAUUCAAAUAUAUGCAUGCACCCACAUACUCCCGUGUAGCUCAGUUGGUAGAGCAUGGCGUUUGCAACAGCAGGGUUGUGGGUUCGUUUCCCAUGGGGGCCAGUAUGAAAGAAAAUGUAUGCAAUCACUAACUGUAAGUUGCUCUGGAUAAGAGCGUCUGCUAAAUGACUAAAAUGUAAAUGUCUGCAUAGUAAAGCCACCUGGUGCCUCUAUCCUCUCCAUUUUCCACCUCCCUUUCUCAACUCAUCAUUGCUUCCCUUUUUCCCUCUCCCCCUCCCUCCACCCACACUACCCUCUUUUUCUACCUUCCUCCAACCUCCUGUACCCUCUCUCCCUCCCUUCCUCCAUCUAUCCUUCCCUCUACCCAUCUCCCUCCCUCCCUCUCCCAGUUGUGCAUCUGGGUGUGAGGAACCUCCUGCUUAGUGAUCCCACCACCUUCAGCAUGGAGGUGUCCUGGGAGCUGCAGGACCGCAACGUGCGUCAGUACCGCAUUGCCUAUGUCACCGCCAGGGGCGAUCGUGACGAGGAGACGGUAAGACGCAGACAGAGGAGACUUCCUUUGUUGUUCACUAAAGGCCAGCCCAGAAAUAGGAGCAGUAGAGUGGAACCCACAGCCCUACUCUGUAGCAAAGUCAAGGGGAUUGAUAGUUUGCAUUCUUCACAGAUACUUCAUUCCAAACUAGAUUGAACCGUCCAAAUUAUAAAUAGUUUAUGAGGGAGCGCCCACAUUAUAGAAAAAAAUCUAAUUUGGCAACGGCGGUGGCAUUGGAACUCGGCCACUCGGGUCGCACUCCGUCCUGCGGUCCCCCCCUUCGAAAAUACUAGCUGCUAUUUUCAUCACGUUUGCCUGAAAUUGAUUUGUCAAGCUCACCGCUCGCCGCUUGUCAUGGCUGUGAAACUUUUUUGGAUGGAGGAAAGGCUAGACCGCACACGCUCGGAAUACAAACAGGAAUGAGAGGAGGAAUGGAGAGUGGAUGAGAGAGAGAGACAGAGACGGAGAGAAAAAGAGGUUGACUGUGGUGGAGAGAGAGAGAGAGGGGAGGGAGGAGUGGCUGCAGUCCAGAAAUGACAGACAUUCUAGGGGAUUCUGAAAUUAGACAGCCUGCAUUACGAAUUCACAGUGUUCACAUGUCGAGUUAGGCGUUGUUCAAUACAUUACUCAAUUAACUUCUAUAGCCUAACUCCUGAAAGUUUAAAAGUAUCUUGUUUUACUAUUUUUCCAAUUACAUUUACUGAUAUCAGUGUCUAGGUAGUCUAUACCUUCAUUUCAAAUUCAAUGUCUAUUUAUAAUCAAAAUUGUACAUAAAUUGGUGGCAAAGUACCCCAAAACACAUACAUGUUUAGCAAGACAAGCUUAGCAUUAUUUGUUUAAUGCUCACUCACUUCAUGUAGAUUUCUAUGAGUGUUGCCUAUAUGACUUUGCAAUGAAUUGCUGUUUAAAACUAUAUUCCUGUCAGCUAUUAGAUGUGGAUAUGAAUAAAUCAUUGUUUAAUUAAUGUUUAUUAUGUGCAUACAGAGAUUCAUACAUAACCAGAGCCAGUAUGAUUCAAAUUCUAGUUUUCUGCUCAAGUGCAGACCUGACAUGUUCUUAACUAUUUUUGGGAGGUAUUCUUUUUUGUCAUUCAUUGAUUGCCUAAAAUAUGUGGUUUUUAAGCCCUAAACGAGAGAUUCUCCUAAAUACAGUACUUCAUCUCUGUCUGCUCAAUUUUGUUUCAUGGCCUUUUAAUCAUUCAAUUCACUCAGUCAUUUGCUGAAUGGUUUUCUUCAGUACAGCAUGUUCAUUCACUCACUAUCACACGUUAUUGCACAUAACGUAAGGACAUGAAGAUUUGCUUAGCAAACAAAAGAUGCGAAAACAGAAAUCAGAUCAAUCAAUCUUUCUGUUAUCACUAAAAACAAAGCCAUCACAGAGCUCCUAUUAGCUCGCCUGGUCCCAGACAGUCUGUGCUGUAUUGUCAAUUCCUAUGGUCAUUGUUUGGCAUGACAGCACAGACAGGUCUGGUGCACGGCUACCUACUAACUUAAUCUGUUCCUCUGAUACAACUCCAAUACAUUUAAUCACCAGUCACAUUGACCCAGUAUGUCCCUUAACCGACCUCCACUCCAGACAAUACCAGAACCUCGUCCUAGUAUCGUGAUUGCCAGUUGUGUGUGUGUCUGUGUUCUAGAAAAUGGUCCCCGGUGGUCAGAACAGCCUCCUGCUGCAGCCACUGCUGUCUGACACGGAGUACAAGGUGACGGUCACCCCGGUCUACACCGACGGAGACGGCCCCGGUGUCAGCCGCAUGGGACGUACCUGUAAGUCUGUCUGCAUGACCUUCUCUCCGUGGUGACAUUUUAGUGACAGGCUCAGACUCUGAGAUAUAUGUUCCGUUCUGUUCGGCACAAUGGAAGCCUCUGUGCUUCUGUAUUCUUCUUUCAUGUGGAAUAUGAACUUUAAAGAUAUAUAAUGGAGUAAACUCAGCAGGUAAAGCUGGGCAAACCUUGUUGAAUGGUUGUAAUGAUGUCAUUUCAACCAGUGUUGCCCAUUGGGAAUGAAUGAGUUAGUUAGUUAGUUAGUCCAUGAACCCUCACCGUAGGUGAGAUACCCAUGCUCUUUAUAUCAUUGACACAUAUUGAAAAAUCCAAUGGAAGCUCUUCACCUCUACAUCAGAGAGCUCUCAUUGGCUUGAAUCAGCUGUUGAUUGACAGGAGAUGGUAAUCCUGCCUGUGGAGGUUGUCAGAAGCUUAAGGCACCCACAUUGUUAGCAAACAUUUUUUUAUGGAAUUCACAUUUACAUUCUUCAUCUUCCUCAAAUGCUAACAUGAGUAGUUGCUGAUUAUUUUCCCUGCUCUGAAAAUGACAGUCCCCUUUAAGAAUGAAAAAUUAGGCUAAUCCCUCAAACAACAUGUCAUAUUGGAUGUGUGUGUGUGUGUGUGUGUGUGUGUGAAUGAUUUGUUUUGUAUGGAACAGGUCUGGACAAAUUAUGCUAACACUACUGAAUACAGUUGUAAUUCAGUCCAAUGCUGUGAGUCUGUGACUCAGAGUUAGUCAUCUAAAAGCCCAUCAGACAUGUACCGUGUUUAAUUUAAGAACUCUCAAUGUGCUUCUCUUUUUAGGACAGGAGACUGAGUGACUCAUAUGUACACAGAGUUUCUCAUCUACAAUUCAUUACUGUACUUGAUGAAAAUGUACCUUUUUUCUGAGUGUGUUCUGUUCUCUCUCUCUGUCUAUCGCUCACUCACUCACUCUAUACCUUUAUCUCCCACCCUCUGUCUGUCUGUCUGUCUGUCCGUCCGUCUGUCUGUCUGUCUGUCUUUCUUUUUUCCUCUAAUUCCCUCUCUAUAUUAAUCUAUCUCGUCUCCAUACUUUUUCCCCCUCUAUCCAUUUCUUCUUUCAUUCUCUCUUUCCCUUGCUCUUUCAUUCUUCCUGCAGUACCACUGUCUGCUCCUAGGAACCUGAGAGUGUCGGAGGAAUGGUACAACCGCUUCCGUAUCACCUGGAACACGCCCCCAUCCCCCACUAUGGGCUACAGGGUCGUCUACAAACCCAUCUCUGGUAUGUACACACACAUUCACACACACACAGUACUGCUUAUUUCAAAAGAUAGCCUAUCUAACCCACAUAAACCCUACAACACACAUCAAUACUGCUUAUUAAAAUGAUCUAUCAUACAACCCAUCUCUUCCACCUGACCUUUUACUACUACAACAACUACUACUACUACUGAUACUAAUACUAAUACUACCAUUACUAGUACUGCUACUAAUACUACUAUUACUACUACUGCUACUAAUACUAAUACUACCAUUUCUACUACUGCUACUAAUACUACUACUACUACUACUACUACUACUACUACUACUACUACUACUACUACUACUACUACUACUACUGCUAAUACUACAUUUACAUCAUUUAGCAGACGCUCUUAUCCUACUACCACUACUACUACUAUGACUACUACUACUACUACUACUGCUACUACUACUACUACUACUACUACUACUACUACUACUACUACUACCACUACUGCUACUAAUGCUAAUAUUACUAAUACUCUACUAAUACUAUUACUACUACUACUACUACUGCUAGUACUACUAAUACUACUACUACUACUAAUACCACUACUACUACUACUACUACUACUACUACUACUACUACUACUACUGCUGCUGCUGCUAGUACUACUACUACUACUACUACUACUACUACUACUACUACUACUACUACUACUACUAAUGCUAAUAUUACUAAUACUACUACUAAUACCAUUACUACUACUACUACUACUGCUAGUACUACUAAUACUACUACUACUACUACUACUACUACUACUAAUACUAUUACUAUUACUACUACAACUACUCCUACACACACACACAUACACACACACACACACACACACGGUGGGAAAGUGCAUGAACCCUCAUUCAAUAUAUUGUGUUAACUACAAAGGAUGAUCUUCUGGGCCACCUCCUACGCUUGUGAUCCCACUCACAUGUGAUCUGGUCAGUUCAUCACCUUCUAAGCACCAAAUGCUUAUUAAUAGAGAAAUUCCUACCACUCUAUUUAUAUAUCUGCUAGAGGGCAAAACCGCCUUGACACAAAACAUGUUUAAAACAUUCCACACAAUGAUGUCUAAAGCUGUUUUCUGACUGACAACCCACUACACUCAAACUCCACCACUCUUAAUACAAUGCAGUAUUCAUGAAAUUCUAGCAAUCACGGUCAGCUGCAAAAAAUCAAUAAGGUCUUAAAUGCUCCUUAGGUGAGAGUAGCCCAAGAGUUCUGCAAGCAGUGUGCUGUAGUAUGUGUGGUGGUGAAUGUGAGCUCUUUCUCUCACACACACACACACCAACCCCUCUCUUCUCCACAGCUGCGGGACCUGCUCUGGAGACCUUUGUGGGCGAGGACGUGAACACCAUGCUGAUCCUGAACCUAAUGAGCGGCACAGAGUACGGUGUCAGGGUCAUCGCCUCCUACACCACCGGCUCCAGCGAGGCCCUCACUGGCAAGGCCAGGACA